AUGGCUGUCUUUUUCGCAUUCUUUCUCGGUAAAUGGUUAGCCGAUCAACGCGUCAAAAAUGUGACCGUACCUGUGGAAGAGUUUCGAUUGCAAACAAUGGAAUGGACGACAAGUCGACCAAAAUGGGGACAAUUUGGAGGAGAGAAAAGGGGAUUAGAUAAGAAUUUUACGAGGAUUUCGAUGACAACGAUGACAACAGAAAGGUUUACAAAAAUGGGGACAACUGAAGGAUCGCUGUCAUCGAAAGAGAUUCAACUGAAUGCGAAAAGGACAACGUUAUCUCGAAAUUUUACACUUGCCGACGUUGUGCCGCCAGCUUUGCAGCAUUUGGAUGUAGUUGAGGCAGUUCAUGGUUGGGGUGAUCGUCAGCGAUCGGAAGAUAUCGAUACAAUGCUCACGUCACUCCCGAAACACAUCAUCCCCAUUCACUAUGAUAUCACGCUGGACGUGACCUCAAUCCCGAGCAGUCGUUUCGCUUCAAUGUCCAAAACGACACAAUCCAUUCUUUUACGGGGAAAUGUCUCCAUUGAAAUCUCGGUGAUUGCCAAUUCAACAAACUCCGAAAUUCUCCUGCACACCGGGCGAAAAAUGUACAUUAGCCGCAUUCGUUUCAUCGAUAAACAAGGUCACACAAUUCCUAUUGAAUCAAAAAAUGAAGACAAUGAGUUUAAAAGAAUGAAAUAUCAACUAGCAAAGAAGUUGUCGAUUGCACGAUACACAAUUCAUAUCGAGUAUAGUACCCCGCUUUGCACGGAAGAUGGACUCGUUUGUUCACUGGUCAACUAUCAAAACGGCACUUCUUUGCUCGAAUCGGUGACAACGAAAUUCGAGCCAACCUACGCGCGAAAUGUUUUCCCGUGUUGGGAUGAGCCGCAUGUGAAAGCGACAUUUAAUAUUACGUUGAUUCAUCCAACUUGGCUGAUCGCUCUCUCAAAUAUGCCAAUGAUGGAAAGAAUCGAGGCGACAAGGGGAUUAAAUGGGAGAGAUGCGUUUAAGGCAAGCAUCUCUCGUUUCGAGAAAACCCCGUUGAUGAGUGCUUAUUUGGUGGGAUUCGCUGUGGGAGAUUGGAUUUCAUUGGAGAGUCGCAGUGGAUCGGGAGUUCAGUUGAGAGUUUGGGUGGGAAGAAGCGAAGCAGCUGAUGGGACGGUGGCCGCACAAUUGGCGCCAGUGCUGCUCGAAAGGAUUGAGAACGAUUUACAGAUCACUUUCCCGAUCCCAAAACUGGACAUCGUGUCGGCUCGAUCGUUUCCCGUUGGGGGAAUCGAAAAUUGGGGAUUGGUGAUCAUCGAUUCGGGUGCUCUUCUAACACCAAGUGAUAUUCAUGGCUCAAUCAAUAUGACUGUGGAUCGUCUCUUUCACGAAUAUCGAAUCGAGAAAAUUGUCGCUCAUGAGAUCGCACAUCAAUGGUUUGGUGAUUUGGUGUCAGUGAAGAGUUGGGAUGAAUUGUGGCUUUCUGAAGGGAUUACAUGUCAUGUUGUGGAAGAACUUCUAGCCAAAACACAUCCACUUUUAUCCCAAUUUGACUCGAAUUCCCGACUGGCUGAUAUGACACGACUACAGAGCCUCGGCAGUGCCCCAUCGCUCGUCCGUCAAUUAAGCACUGAACACGAUGUCGAGCGCUCCUUUCACUCAUCCCAUCUCUACACGAAAGGCUCGGUUCUUCUCCGAAUGAUCACCCAUCUCGUUUCUGAUUUCGAUUUUCGAAAUGCACUCAAAAAAUACAUUGAUCGUUUCGGACAUUCGAGCGCCGAUCGAGCCGAUCUUUUCUCGGUUUUACCAUCGGGUGCCACUCAUGGAGCUGAGCCACUCGAACUGAGGGAUGUUCUUGAACCAUGGCUGGUUAAUCCGGGGAUUCCUGAAGUGAUUGUGAGUCGAUCCUACGAUAGUUCGAUGAUCUAUUUAUGGCAAAGGAAAGCCUCCGUUCAUCGAUACGCCGUUUUUCUGAAUGAUGCUUCUGGAUACGAUGAGGCUUUUGAGGCACAGCGGAGAGAGUCCAGGGAUGUUGGGAGACAAGGUGAUGAAGCUCAUCAUCAACCAAAACCGUGGAAUGAAAUGAUGGGAAAGAAAAGAACAAGAAAACCGCGACCCCAUUCAAGAAGGAAAAAUAAGGGAAAAGAUGGCAAAAAUAAAGAUGGCACAAUGAAUGGACAGAGGCCGCCAAGAGAAAUUGGAGACGAUAUCUGGAUUAUUCCGUUUAGUUACAUGUUUGGAACGAUGAAGAGCAUUGAGGGACAGGUUGUCCGUGAACUUUGGUUGAUGAAUCGCACGAUCGGUUGGUCAGAUGUCGAGCUGUCGCCAAACGAGGUGCUGAUCGUGAAUCCCGAUUGGAAGUUUCCCUAUCGAGUGAACUACGAUCGACAGAAUUGGAAAAUGAUUGCCAGAUUGUUACACCGUUCAUCGGACACUCUCCCCGUGGCCACUCGAAUGCAACUUCUCACCGAUGCCGAGGUGUACUUGGCGCAUUCGGAAGUCCCACAUCUUUACAUUUACAUAUUGGGCUAUUUGAGCGAGGAAAAAGAUCUCGGAGUUGCUUUGCUGGGAUUGGAUGCAGUGUAUCGAUUGGCUGACUCUUUCAAAGGUAGCUCAAUCUCUCCAUCUCUCCUCUCAUAUUUUGCGCCAUUUGUGAGCCAAUUGGAUCGUUUGCUGAAAGAAUCUCAAUCGGAGCCCGAAUUGGCCGCCCUGUGGCUUGUGGAACCAACAAGAUUAUCAAAACUCUAUCAAUUGAGAUGUGCGACGAAUACGAGUAGCUGUGAUCACGAGAAACAGACAGCUCAAUGGGUUGCAAGUGGGGGAGCAGCGGCGGAAGAUGUUCAUCGACAAGCAACCGCUUUAUGUCAUUCAUUGGCCGGUAAACCGACACAAGAAGAGCUUUCCCUUGUUUGGUCUCAAUUAUCGAGUGAGGGAUGGUCGGUGGGAGUUCAAUUGGCUGCUUGUGCGAAUGAUUCAAAGCUCACCGCGGAAGCAGCUGCAAAAGUGGUGGCGACAAGGAAUGCGGCUGUUUAUGCAUCGGCUCUCCAAUCGGAUUUCAGUCUUAAUUACAAUCGCCUCUUUCGAACAAUGUUUUGGCAGAAAAUGAGCGAGUUGUCGACAUUGGAAAGGGUUGUUCUCUUCUCUGCAAAUCUCACCGAACCUCGUCCCGCAUCAACAGUACUUUUGCAUUCAGUGAGAACACAUGAAGAGCUUAGACAGGUCCGAUCCUUGAUCCCUGAAUGGGGCCAUGCAAUGAAUAUCCACGUAGAAUGGGUCGAGCGUCUUCUCCUUUGGCAUUCCUCCGUCUCUCGAUCACUUUCCGAUUUCUUUCGAUCCGAUCGACCAACAUUU